AGGUUACUGACUACUCGUAUAUUAUACUCGACGUCUGUUGAUGUUAUUGUUAUUGUUAGUAUUUACUAUUCACUUAUUUAGUACCUUAGUACCUACUAAGUAAUAAUUGUGUUCUUCGUUUAACCGUUGUUUGUUGAGUUCAAAAGUUGAUGAUUUUUAAAAGAUAAACAAGAUUUUCAAGACCACGUUUUGUUAAGUUAAUUAUAUGCACAAUGUCUUCUUCAGCAUUAGAGAAAAUUCCAGACGUAGAUAUUGAUGACAAAGGCCGUUAUAAAUACAUUUUGAUUAAGGUCACAGAUCAAAAUGAUUCUUCUAAUCUAUCAAAAUAUGUUGUAAGGGGUGGUCAAAGAUUCGACUUUCAUGCUGACGUCUAUGACAAUUUCAAAAAAUGCGUGAAACCAGACGAACUAAAUGUCACUACUAGAAUUCUGGGAGGUGGCUGGUUGGAACACGGCGAAAAAUCCAUUCUCGUCGAAGGCGCAUCUGUUCCUGCAGGAGAAAAUCCUCAUGUCCGAUCCCGUGCAACGAAUCUACUAGUUCGACAAAUUAUUCAAUAUGGGCCAGCCGAUCAUUCCAUUACAGCAAACAUUUUGAAGAAAGCUUUUCCGGAUUUCGAAAUAUCAUGCAACAACACGUCAUGAAAAUUUAAACUAAAAUCAUGACAUAAUUAUAAUAUAUUUUAUAUUGAUUAAUCAUGUCAUUUUUCGUAUACCUACUACAAUAAUAAAUAAUAAAAGUAAAAAAAUAAUGUCUUUCAGUUUGUCAACAAUACUUGGCCAAGAAUAAGUUCGUCCAAUUACGUAAACUUAAGUUCAAUAUAAAAAAUACAUUUUUAAAAAAAA